AUGGGCCCAGUUUCAGAAGCACCGACAAUACAGAGACUAUUACCCCGCCAAACCCUAUCGCUCACCUCCAGUAAUGCCCCACCCCACGACUCAACCAUCUCUAAUCCGUUCCCUUACAAACCUAGUAAUGCUAUACCGUCGUGGGCUAUCGUUACGAUCGUUAUAGGUAGCUUGCUCAUCUUGAGCGUGUGUGGCUUCCUCGCCCUACACCUGCGUACUCGAUGGAAGAUCAAGAGGGCUACCACGAACGGCAAUUCACUCGCAUUUGCCAAAGGAGGACAGAAUGGCAACGGCAUUGCCGAGGGUGGUGGAGAUCCAAAGGGAGAUGGUACUACGGAUAAAGGUUUUAGUGCGCCUAUCGCGAGUGGGAACACUUUGGCAGAAGAUGGCAUGAAGACGCGAAGACGAGAUAGUCUUCUCGAUCAAGCUGAA